AUGGCUCUCAGACCAUGCAAAGUUAUUGUCGCAGGAGGCGGUGUUGCCGGGCUUUCUCUGGCACUUAUGCUGGAGAAGCAUGGCAUUGACUUUUUGCUUCUAGAAGCAUACCCAGAUGUCGUCGCUGCUGUUGGCGCUGGCAUUGCCCUAGCUCCCAAUGGCCUUCGCCUUAUUGAACAGUUGGGAUGCUAUGAGGAUUUGCAGAAAUGUUCGGCAGGCGCUGACCAAGUUCACUUUCGGAAGCCUGAUGGAGAGAUACUCUGGGGGAUGGACGAAGGAUUGGCUGAGGCGUGUAUUGAGAAGCAUGGGUAUACUUAUGUCUGGAUGGAUAGGAAGUCUCUCCUAGAGGUUUUGUACAACAACAUUGCGGACAAAUCGAAGGUUUUGCCUGGCAAGCGUGUGGCCAGUGUCACGCAUACCGACGAAGGUGUUGAUGUUGUCACAACUGAUGGCUCAACGUACUCUGCCGAUAUUAUCGUUGGAACGGACGGUACCCACUCCAAGCUGAGGCAGGAAAUGGCUAGAUACGCCAAAGUCCUUGGGCUGAGCAAGGAUUAUGCGGAAGAAGACAAGGUUGCUGCCGCUUACAGUUGUAUCUUUGGGAUGUCUGAUCCCGUCGCAGGCUUCCCCAGUCGCUCACUUGAAUUCGUGACGAACGAAGGGUUUUCAUAUGUGCUAGGCGCUGGUCCUGCUGACCGUGUCUAUUGGUUCCUGAUGAAGAAGAUGAAGCAGACAUACUGUGGCGCUGACAUCCCCCAAUUCACUGAAGAAGAUAAGCAGCGCACGCUCCAAAAGCAUUGGAAUGACCAGGUCACGCCAGAUGUUCGCCUGUCUGAUCUCUGCGAGCGUCAGUUGAGCACAACAUAUACACCCAUUCCAGAGUUUGUCUACAAGAAGUGGCACCUGGGAAGAAUUAUUACCAUUGGAGACGCCUGCCACAAGGUCCUCCCUAUUACCGCGCAAGGGGGCAAUCAGGCUUUAGAAAGCGCCGCGGCUGUGGUAAAUGGUUUGAUGACAGCGUUAUCGCAGGCUUCGGGCUCAGGCCCGCUCUCCCAGGCGGAGAUUCAGUCGAUGUUCGAGCGAGUGCAGGACAUCCGCGAGCCGCGCACCUUUGAUAUUAUCAAAACCACUCAUCAACGACAGAAGUUGGAUUCAAUGGAUACUCCGGAGCUGAAAGAGUUUCUGCUUACUAAGUAUGCAGGGCUGAUGCCAGGAGCAUUGUGGAAACGAUAG